GCGGGGCGCGUGGGACGUGCUGCCGCGUCGUAGCGGCUUCUGUGGGCGGUGGCAGAGCAUGUGUGUGCCACUGUUGCUCGCCUGGGACCCUGUCUCCCGCCAGAACGUGAAGCCAGCGGCUGCGAGGACGCAGCAGCGGAGGAGGCGGGCGAGGGCAGCCGGAGACAGGCCAGGUGUCUCUCUCCGAGGCUGGAGAACCCCGGCUUUGUGGGGGUCAUGGCAUCGCUGGCUGACCGAGUUCAGGGUAACGGGCGCAUCGCCGCCGGGCUCCUGCUCAACCUGCUGGUGUCCAUCUGCAUCGUGUUCCUCAACAAAUGGAUCUAUGUGCACCACGGCUUCCCCAACAUGACCCUGACCCUGGUGCACUUUGUGAUCACCUGGCUGGGCUUGUACAUCUGCCAGAAGCUGGACAUCUUUGCCCCCAAAAGUCUGCCGCCUUCCAAGCUCCUCCUCCUGGCUCUCAGCUUUUGUGGCUUUGUGGUCUUCACCAACCUCUCUCUGCAGAACAACACCAUAGGCACCUAUCAGCUGGCCAAGGCCAUGACCACGCCGGUGAUAAUAGUCAUCCAGACCCUCUGCUACAAGAAAACCUUCUCUACCAAAAUACAGCUUACGCUGAUUCCUAUAACUUUAGGUGUAAUCCUAAAUUCUUAUUACAAUACGAAGUUUAAUUUCCUUGGAAUGGUGUUUGCUGCUCUUGGUGUUUUAGUUACAUCCCUUUAUCAAGUGUGGGUAGGAGCCAAACAGCAUGAAUUGCAAGUAAACUCAAUGCAGCUGCUAUACUACCAGGCUCCGAUGUCCUCUGCCAUGUUGCUGGUUGCUGUGCCCUUCUUUGAACCAGUGUUUGGAGAAGGAGGACUGUUUGGUCCCUGGUCAAUUUCUGCUUUGCUUAUGGUGCUGCUAUCUGGAGUAAUAGCUUUCAUGGUGAACUUAUCAAUUUAUUGGAUCAUUGGAAACACUUCACCAGUUACCUAUAACAUGUUUGGACACUUCAAGUUCUGCAUUACUUUAUUUGGAGGAUAUGUUUUAUUUAAGGAUCCACUGUCAGUUAAUCAGGGUCUUGGCAUGUUAUGUACAUUAUUCGGCAUUCUCGCCUAUACCCAUUUUAAACUCAGUGAACAGGAAGUAAGUAAGAGUAAAUUAGUACAACGUCCUUAAUUAGGUUUUGUGGAGGAAAGAAAGUCACGCCAAGAAGAUUAAAAAAUGUUAAGUAUGCAAGUCACUUUCAAAUAAGAAAAAAAAAAUUACAUUGCAAAAUCCAUUGAAUGAUGAUUUACAAGAAGUAGCACAAUGGAAAUGAUAAUCAUAAAUGUGACAUUUUCUUCUAAAGAGUACCUUUUUUCAAAAACUUAAUUCUCUAAAACAGUGGUUCAUGCUUCUUUUCAAAGAUGAUUGUAUGAAAUAUAUAGGAUGAUUCGGUCACACCAAAUGAAGUACAUGGAAAGUUCUACUAUAAAGUUCUAUUAUAGUGACAGAGGACUUCAUAUCAGUGAACUACAAAUGCGUCGUGGUUUUUAAAUAUUCAGCUCUUCCAAGGAAGGACACAUAGGACUCCUCUACUUGCUUGUAGGUGGUCCCCAGUGUGAACUCUAUUAUAAUUUUGGCCAAAGUGUUCAAGUCAGAAUUUAAAUCUAACAUUUCUAUUUUAGUGUAGGAUAACUUCCUGCUUAUUUUAUUUAUAGAAAUAAAAUAUAAUUUAUAGAAAGCAAAGUGUAUUAAAGGAGACCAUGAGACAAAAUGUAGUGCCAGUGGUACGAUUUUUCUAAUAGAAAAUUAAUGUAAGAAGUUGUAUGUUAUCCAAAAAAACUACAGUUUCUAUAGGUAGUCUUAUUUUUGGGCUCUCAGUGAACUCUUGAAAUUACAUGUAAAGUUAAAAAACAAAAUAGUUCCAUGUUUAAAUAGCCCGAGAAGAGACUAUAGAUGGAAUUGAACAAGUUUCAUAUUAUCUUGAUAAAUAUUCUCCUGGCCUCUGCGCCUUUCACUUGGUAUUUUCUUAAUUCUACCUCCCUACCUUUCACAUUUGAGGCAUCCGUGGAGCUUUCUCUGGUAUUGAGGAUUUAGAGUGAACUGAGUCUAGCCUUUCUAAGGUGGCCAAGGGAAAUUCUUAUGCAACAAGUCAGAGCAAAUGCUAUCCAAACACUUAGCAGAAACUUGCUGAAAAUGGAAAGAUUUUAAAGAAAGGUAGAAAAAUGGUCAAUAUUAAAAUAGUUUCAUGAGUUUUUCAAGGAAAAAUUUUUAAUUAGGCUGUAGGGGAAAUACAUGAUUUCUACUUGAGGAAAAUAUAGUGCCACAUAUUUAAUUGCAAAAUGUAUUUCUACCUUCCAGCCUCUUGACAUGAAAGCAUUAAAAAUAGUUGUCGAUAACCUUUGGCAAUAAAUUGAGAUGGAUAAAUCCUCUUGUAGUAAAUAAUCCUUUUUUCUAAAUAUAUUUAUAAACUUUAAAUGAGAAAACAACACUUAAGAAGACAAAGAGCCACGUGUAUAAAAUAUAUGUUGUAGGAUUUUUUUCCUGACCUGUUUGAAAUGAAAGCCUCACAGAAAAUCUAUUUUGACAGAAUUUCAAUGUAUUAGUCUGUUUUAUGAUUAGUAUUUGUGAUGUUCUGUUUUUGUUUCAAAUUUUCUUUGGUCUUUCUCAGUUUCCAAAGCUGUAUUUUAUUGUGCUAGGAAGUACAAAAACAAUUUGUCUGACCAGAUGAGCCUCAGGCACUGUUUGUUUAAUAAUGUUCUCUGUGUAUGUUUAAAUUAACAUAUAAUUAUUUCCCAAAAGCUGGAGAAAAGUAUUUCAGCACAGUGAGGAUUAUGUGAUUUCUGUGCACUAAUAGCAAAGCGUUGAUUUGUGCCAUGUACAAAUUGUUUUAACUGUAAAUACGACUUGGGGAGGAUUAUAAUAAAUGUUGGGGGAAGGCUAUAGUAAAUGUUGAGGGAAGAUUAUAAUAAAUGUUGGGAAGGUUUUAAUAAAUGAUGUCAGUAGGAAUGCAGUGAGAAGGUUGGAGCAAGAUAGGGUGGGAGUGCGUAAAUAUAAGUGAAUAAAAUUUGUACUACUGGCUGAUAAACAUUUUGUGCCCUGAAGACUCUCUUCCCAUUGAGAAGGACAUUUCUGGGGGAAAAAUGUACCAGAUGACCAGGACCAGCCACAGAGACAAACCAGAAACACUGUGCUGUGGAAAAACACACACUGUCCUUUCGUUACAGAUGUAACUGCACUUGUUUUUUAUCUUUUGUUAAAUGACUGAACUUCAGUUUUUACCAGUUACAAAUAAAGAGUACCUGAUGAUUUUA